GAACCACAUUCAGAACUAGUUCCAGAGAAUUGUAUAAAAGCUGCAGAACUAGCAUCCUUCCUCAUCCACGGUGUCAUUUCAAAAGCCAAGUGAGGAGGCUGAGAAAGCUGUACACCACAGUUGUUCUGAAAUCCACACUGUUUUUCAUUCUGGACUCCAGAGGUUACACCCAGAAUCACAAGAACCUCCCUUGCUGACAGAAAAUUAACUGUGCCUGCUCAGAAAAUGUGCUGACUUGUAUUUGCAGCAGAAUUUGAACUCCUGACUAGAAACUACCUCCACCAUUUCAGGCACCAAGACAUCAUGGAAGAGCUUGACUAUUUUUCUGAUGAAUUUGAGAAUUACACCUAUCCCUUUGAGUAUCUUCAAGAAGAGUUGGAAUUGGAAGAGGAGGCUCACCUGGGAGCUGCGCAGUGGAUUUCCCUUGUGUUAUAUAGUCUAGCAUUUGUCCUUGGGGUGCCAGGAAAUGCCAUCGUCAUCUGGUUCACAGGGUUUAAGUGGGAAAAGACAGUGGCUACUCUCUGGUUCCUCAAUCUGGCCAUUGCGGAUUUCAUCUUUGUUCUCUUCCUACCUCUUUACAUCUCCUAUGUGGCCAUGAAUUUCCAUUGGCCCUUUGGCACCUGGCUGUGUAAAGCCAACUCCUUCAUUGCCUUGUUGAACAUGUUUGCCAGUGUGUUCUUCCUCACGGUGAUCAGCCUGGACCGUUAUGUUCAUCUGAUUCACCCCGUCUUCUCUCAACGUUACCGGACGCUAAAGAGCACCAUUUUUGUCAUUGGUGUAGUCUGGCUGGUGGCAUUUAUGAUCAGUGGCCCUACCCUGUACUUCAGAGAAACUCUUGACUUCAACAACCACACCAUCUGCUACAAUAAUUUCCAUCAGAGUGAUGCCGGCAUUGUUUUAAUGAGGCACCAUGUUCUGACCUGGAUAAAAUUUGUUUUGGGUUACCUCCUUCCCCUGCUCACCAUGAUCAUCUGUUACUCGCUUCUUGCCCUCCAGGUGAAGAGGAGAGCAACCUUGACCUCCAGCAAGCACUUCUGGACCAUACUGGCUGUGGUGCUGGCCUUUGUGAUUUGUUGGACUCCCUUUCACCUCUUUAGCAUUUGGGAACUGUCAAUUCACCACAGCAGCCACUUCCACCACGUGCUUCAGGCGGGACUCCCCCUCUCUACUGGUCUGGCCUUCUUCAAUAGCUGCCUGAACCCUCUUCUCUACGUCUUGAUUAGUAAGAAGUUCCAGGCUCGCUUCCGGACUUCAGUUGCUGAGCUCUUAAAGCAUACAUUACGUGAGGUCAGCUGGUCCGGGACAACAAGCGAACAGUUUAAACACUCAGAGGCCAAGAAUCUGUGCCUCCUAGAAAUGGCUCCAUGAGGAGGGUUCCCAAAAUUGAAGCUAAAACAAAAGAAACCCAAACUGCCCAUGAUAUGACAUGCCAGUAAGAAGCAACUGGUUUUUCUGAUAAAAUAAUCAAGCCAGGCAAAUACUGGCUAGUUAACAGUGAACCAUUCUCUUGCUAUUUUUCCACCGAGCAAUAUAGCUUUGUGUGUAACUGUGGCCACAUGUGGGUGUCUCCUAACUGGGAUAUCUUUGAAUCAAAUCUAAUUACAAGAUACCCAGUGGUCCAUUUUUCUAACUGUUGACUGAGGCAGCCCCAUUUAGGGUUGUCAUAAAUGUGGGAAGAAGCUUGUUUAAUUUGAUUCUUGCUCAUUAUACUAUUCUGACAUAGUCUCUGAUGUUGAAGCAUUUUAUUAUUUUCUUAGGAUAACUUAAAAGAUCCUGGAGCUUAUUAUUAAAAAUGAGAUAGAUUAUUUUCAAGAAUACUAAGGCAUAUGCUGCUUCUAACGUUUUCAUUUUUGCAGAUAGCCUUGCAGACAUACUCACAAUGUCACAAAUAGGUUUAUUCUUAAUUUUAUGUAAUUCAUGCAUUCUGCCAGAGAGUGUAUGUUAUAUUCAUUUAAAGUGUAUUACUACAAAUAUAAAUAGAUUCUCAAAAUUGGUGGGGUGUGUGUG